CAAGUGAUGCAUUUGUAACUUGUGAUUUUUGCAACAUUUGCAAUCAAGCAUUAUGACAUUUUAUUGUAAAUUAAGUUUUUGUGACAUAAGCAACUGAAGAGCACAGAUGCAGGAAGUGAGAGACUGAGACUGUGAGAACUUAAGAUCAUAUACUUCUCCUUGAGACAUAAGCUGUUUCUGUAGCAUUAUCACACGAUGAAGAGGCAGGGAGAAGAAACAUUGCAACGAUGUAACAAAAGGAAUAACAAUUUGAAGUUCAUUGUGUUUUUCCUUUGGCUCAUAACAGGUCCUGAAUGCAAAACCGUUUCAGCAAGCAGACUGUUAACGGUUCAGACUGGAGGAUCGCUCAUUAUUCCAUGUUAUUAUGACAGAAAAUACACUGAACACAAAAAAUACUGGUGCUUUGAUGCCGGGGAAGCAUUCAAUUACUGCAGUAUUCUGGCAUAUGCUAACGAAACCAAAGGAAAAGUGUCAGUAAUUGAUCAUCCAGAUCAGAGUUUCUUUACUGUGACUAUGAGAAACCUGCAGCAUGAAGACACUGGAGGUUAUUGGUGUGUUGUGGAGAUCGGAGGAAUAUUUCAACCAGAUGAGAAAGAGCAGCUUUAUCUGACAGUUCAAUCAGUUCCUGAUGUGUCUGUGGUGAGCAGCAGUGUAUCUGGACAUGAAGGUGGUGAUAUCAGUGUUCAGUGUUUCUACAGUUCUGGAUAUAAGAAUAAACUCAAACAGUGGUGUAGAUAUAAAGAUCAGAGAUGUUACAAAGAGAAGAAGACUGACACAUCCCAGGAUUCAUCAGUUCAGAUCAGUGGUGAUGGGAAAGGAUCCUUCACUGUGCUGAUGACUGGACUGAGACUCACUGAUUCUGGCUGGUACUACUGUUCUGUAGGAAAACAGGAGGCUCCUGUUCAACUCUAUGUCUCUGAAAAUUCACAGGUUUCUGUCACUGAACCAAAACCAGAAGUUGUUACCUCUGAAGGAUUUGUGAGAAAUAGUUCUCCAAAACCAGCAACUGUGAGCACAGACACCAGCACUGAGAAGAACAUAUGGCACAAAGAGGAGCGUUUCUGUCUGUCACAGAAUUAGAGAUCGCAGGCUCUUCUCACACUGACCUGGAGGAAUUUUGAGUGUCUAUAAAUAAAAGAGAGAUAGUGCUAAACUCACAUGAGAUUUGAA